UCGAAGGGCUUCCGGAGGGGUUGUGCGCUGUGUGUGUCUGUAAAACCCUUCAACCCUUUCUUCUUCGUUCGUUCACUCACCCACACUGUAUUCAUCCUGCAAUCUCCCCACCUUGGAUUAAUUUAACAACAGUUUUCAAAGGAGAUCGCAUUAGGAAUGCCUCCCAAAGCAGCGAAAUCCAAGGAAGCUCCGGCGGAGAGGCCUAUCCUUGGACGCUUUUCAUCUCACCUCAAAAUUGGAAUUGUUGGGUUACCCAACGUUGGCAAAUCCACCCUUUUCAACACACUAACCAAGUUAUCUAUACCAGCUGAGAACUUCCCUUUCUGUACCAUUGAACCCAAUGAGGCUCGAGUUAAUGUUCCUGAUGAGCGAUUUGACUGGCUCUGUCAACUCUACAAGCCAAAGAGCGAGGUAUCAGCUUUUCUAGAAGUUCAUGAUAUUGCUGGACUUGUUCGUGGUGCUCAUGAAGGACAAGGAUUGGGAAACAACUUUUUGUCCCAUAUCCGUGCUGUUGAUGGGAUUUUUCAUGUUUUACGUGCAUUUGAAGAUCCUGACAUUAUCCAUGUUGAUGAUUCAGUGGACCCUGUUAGGGAUCUAGAGGUUAUUUCUGCAGAGUUGCGGCUGAAGGAUCUUGAGUUCAUGGCUAGGAAAAUUGAGGACCUUGAGAAGAGCAUGAAGAGGAGCAAUGAUAAGCAACUGAAAAUUGAGCUUGAACUAUGCCUUCGGGUCAAAGCAUUUCUGGAGGAAGGCAAGGAUGUCCGUCUUGUAGAUUGGAAAGCUGCUGAUGUUGAGAUCUUGAAUACAUUCCAAUUGCUCACUGCGAAGCCUGUAGUGUAUUUGGUAAACAUGAAUGAAAAAGAUUAUCAAAGGAAAAAGAACAAGUUUCUCCCGAAAAUCCAUGCUUGGGUGCAGGAGCAUGGCGCCGAAACUAUAAUCCCCUUCAGCUGUGCGCUAGAGAGGAAUCUUGCUGAUAUAUCUCCUGAUGAAGCUGCUAAGUAUUGCGAGGAAAACAAAGUUCAAAGUGCCCUUUCAAAGAUCAUCAAGACUGGAUUUGCAGCCAUUAAUCUCAUAUACUUUUUUACUGCUGGACCAGACGAGGUAAAAUGCUGGCAAAUUCGUCGCCAGACUAAGGCUCCCCAAGCAGCAGGGGCAAUUCACACUGAUUUUGAGAAGGGUUUCAUUUGUGCUGAGGUUAUGAAAUUUGAAGACCUCAAGGAACUUGGAAAUGAGGCAGCAGUGAAGGCUGCCGGCAAGUAUCGGCAGGAAGGGAAGACGUACAUCGUCCAGGAUGGAGACAUUAUAUUCUUCAAAUUCAAUGUUUCUGGUGGAGGCAAGAAGUGAGGUUUUUUCAAUAUACAUACAUUCUGUUUCUCCCUCAAUUUUUGCGGAUCGUUUAAGUGAUUUCAUGAUUAUUGUUGUAAUGCAUAAAUACUUGCUUGGAGUAUGUGUUUUUGCUUUAUAAUCUAAUCUAUCUAUUGCUUUAGCAGAAGUAUAAAAUGGUACAUUUUAGGAAUGAAAUGACUUUUCUCAACUCA